AUGGUCGAAGAAUCCAAGGGCCGAGUUUACUCGAAUCAAAAUGGUGACCAAUGGAUCAAUAACCGUCUCGGCAAAUCACGAGCGCAUACUUAUCGACUAGCUGCCAAUAUUCAACUUGUUGAAUUAGCAUUCAUUUUGCUUGAUCAAUAUUACCCCGAAUACAAACAUUAUAAUGAUCACAAAGCUGAUAAUAUAUUUCGGCUUCGAAUGAUUGAUUUGGCAAAUCGAUUUUUAAAUCGAACCGAUUUAUCAGAACGCGUUCAACUUGAUAUUCAUUUUCAAGUAGUUCAAUCAGCUAUUAAUACAGUGCUAAUGAAUAUUAAUCAAUACGAGUGUUUUUUUUCCGGUUACGGAUUAACAAGAAAGCCACACAAUAUGGUCAAUGAUGAAGAAAUUUCUCCAUCUUCAACAGACGACGGUGAUAAUCAGCAACAAACCAAUUUUACUGAAUCUGUUAUGAUUUCACCAGGAAAUGGAGGUGAAGUUCAACGAAAACGACACCAUACAAAUUCAUCAGAUCUAUAUGAAGAAGAAAAUUUAGAUAAAGUCGAAAUGGAUGGUUACAUUUCUAACGAUAAACAUUAUUCAAAACGAAGCAAGUUAAAGAAAUCAUCUUCAAUGGAUGACCGCGUGCGAAGCAUUACUGAAAAAAUUCUUCAAUUUAAACAUAUUGGUUUUACCUUAUGUCAAAUUUCUUCAUAUAGCUCCAAAUGGAAGGACGAACGAGAAAAAGCUAUUAAUCAAUUAUGUGAUUUGAAUUUGUUAAUCAGAAUUCCGAGAGGUGUCAAAACAUCAACUAGUCGUCCAUUCGAUUAUCACAUUAAAUUACCUCCACUCGAUUUUUCUGAUUUCACAGAAAAUAUGGGUCACUUUCUUACCAAUACAGAAGAUGGACAUAUUUCAAUGGUUGCCUCUUCAAAAACUAGUAUGAAUGCAAAUACAUCAAUUAAUGAUGACUGUGAUGAUAUUAUUCAUACAGAUGAUGAAAUGAAUAAACAACAAUGUGAUAAACAUAAUCAUCAAUACUCUAUGGUUGAUCAAGUGUAUAGUUCAAUGAAUGAUCAAACUUCGGCACUCACGAUCAAUCAACAAUUUGAGCAGAGAAAUAUGAAUCCAUCUCAGACAAUUGGACAAGCCCAGGCACAACAAAUUUGGGAUUCAAAUAUUUUUCAACAGUUUAAAGAAUUUAUGGAAAUGCAGCGUGCUUCCCAAAUGUCUUCCAGUUUCGAUCGAACGACCGUCGGAUAUAAUCGUUCAUUGACGGCAAUGGUUGCACCUCCUCUUGAAUUGCCAAGUGCUGGUGAUUUAUUAAGAGACACGAUACAACAAACACCUGCUUCUUUAGCUGCGACUCGUGUCGAACAACGAGCCAACAAUCAGAAAAAAGAAGAAAAGAAACAAUUAUUACUGGCAUCUAAUCCAAUUCAAUAA